ACUAGAUUCGGGAGAUGGCCGUCGCGUCGCGAACACAACGCGCGAGCAACUCACGACGCGACGCCCCAGACAUGGAACAUCCUCGCUGCCCUCUGCCGCCGAAAAGUGAAUCAUGAGAGUCUCGGAUUCUGAAGGCCAAAAUGUCAGCAUAUGCAUUCAACGAAGCAUGCGUUGACGAGAAGUUUGGACGAGUAGUCGGCAGAGCUCAUGAGCUGCAGGUUCGCUAGGAUCGAGCAAAGAAAUGGCUAAUGCAGACACCAAACCUACAGCAUCGGAUCACCGGGCAUGUGGCAUUUGUGGUAGGUCCGCAAGCGAGGAUGUGGGUAUUUGAAACUUGAACAUGGCGGGUAUUUCUAACAUCUCUUCCUCAAUUUCAACCUUCGAUCUUCAAUUCUUUAUAUCAUCAUGGCAGAUACAGACAGCAAGAAGGUCAUCAUUAUUGGUGCCGGCACCACAGGAUUGGCUUUGGCACAGGGCUUGAAGAAGGCUGCUGUCCCAUUCGCAAUAUACGAGCGUGCGCCUUCUUCAGCAAGCAAACGAAACUGGUGUUUCGGUCUGCACUGGGGAAUCGAGCCUUUGGCAAAGCUCGUACCGGAACAUCUGCUUCAAAACAUCGCCCAAUGCCAGGUUGAUCCACAUAUCGAGCUCACCGACGAGCACUUUCGGAUGCCUUUGGCAGACGCCAAAACUGGAAAACAUAUCAAGAAUCUCGAGGGUUCCAAAUUCUACCGCUUCCGACGUGACAAAUUCCGGCACUUGCUUCUGGAGGGUCUCGAUGUGCAAUAUGGCAAAGAGAUCUCCGCGAUCACUUUUGAUGAUGACAGCACAAGAGUGACAGCCAGAUUUGUCGAUGGCUCUCACGAUACUGGCAGUCUCGUGGUGGGCUGUGAUGGAUCCCGCUCGGCUGUACGCACUUUGUUGCUGGGUUCCGAGAAAGCAGCUCUCGUGCCUGUCGGCGGCUAUGCAACAGCGAUGAUUUACGCAAAUUACAGUCGAGAACAUGCGCUCGCAUUACGAGCACCGCCAUUCCAUCCUCUGUAUCAAGUUGGACUGCAUCCCGAUGGCUACUUGUGCUGGUUUUCUUUACACGAUGGAGGCGACAAAGACCAUCCUGAGAACUGGAAAUUCUUCCAAUACAUUUCAUACGAAGCGCCACCCGGUCAUGCAGAUUGGUCGAAGCAGCAGCUCGUUGCCUAUCAGAAACAACUCGCACAGAAAUUUGGCGAGCCUUGGAAAAGUGCCUAUGAGUGGAUAUCUGACGAUGAGACUGAAGUCUGGAAUACUGAAAUACGAGACUGGGAUCCCCGCAAACCUGAAAACGAAUGGGAUAAUCACAGUGGACGGGUGACGCUUGCAGGUGAUAGCGCUCAUCCGAUGAGCUUUCAACGAGGUCAGGGCUUAAAUAAUGCUGUGCAAGAUGCCUAUGAGCUUUUCACAGCAAUACGGAGUUUCACUAAUGGAGGCGGAGCGCAAGCUGCUGCGAUCGACGCGUAUGAAGCCGAGAUGAAAGCUCGCGGAGGCAAAGAAGUUCAGAUGAGCCGCGAAAACACCAUUAUGAUGCAUUCGAAGUCGCAGAAAGACAGUCACCUUGUGAAACAAGGUAUGAAGAAGCAGCGUCCACCUUCGACAUAAUUGCUGGCCAGGCCGUCACCGAGUCAGUGCCUUUGUGUCCCCACGGGGAAGAUACGCCGCAUUCUCGGAGUAUCUCGUCAGAACUAGAUGGCAGUAGUCUCGUCAUGCGGGAGUGGUCGUACGGGUCGAAAUCUAGACCCAGAGACUUAGGGGAGUUACCACGAUUCGAUGAGAAGAUUGUGCAGAAACCAUCAGGGAUAUACCAUCGGCGCCAUCCGAUCUUCAGUCGAAGCUCUGUUCG